AUGUUGAUGCAGGAUGGGGGCCGCGAAGCAAGGGUGCCGAAUGUCUUGGACCCGGCGUCUGUUGAUGCGCAGACUGUCUGUCCCGGAUACAGGCUCGCGGAUGCGGUUACUGAGAGCGAUACGGGAAUGAUUGUCUACUUGACCUUGGCGGGAGAGGCGUGCAAUGUCUACGGUACGGAUAUUGGGACGCUGAAGUUGGUCGUGGAGUAUCAGACUGCGCAUAGACUCAGGGUCAACAUCAGUCCUGCUUUUCUGGAUGCUUCGAAUACGACUCAAUACCUUCCACCGGAGGAUCUCCUUCCUCUUCCUGCUGGAGAUGGAGAUGCCGAGAUGGCUCGGUCUAAAAGCGAUAUGGAGUUCCAGUUUGCGUUUGGUAGUGGUGAUACCUUUGCGUUCAAGGUGAAGCGCAAGUCGACUGGUGACAUAUUGUUCGAUAUGACGGGCGCCAAGCUUGUUUUUGAGAACCAGUUCGUUGAGUUUGCGUCGAAGAUGCCGCGGAACUACAACCUGUAUGGGCUGGGAGAGCAUAUUCACAGUCUACAUUUGGGCAAUGAUUACGCUAUCACUAUGUUCAAUGGUGAUAUCGGGGAUCCAAUUGAUGCAAACCUUUACGGAACUCAUCCGUUCUACCUGGAUACGCGGUACUACAAAAAGGCCGGCGAGAGAGAAAUGACGCUAUUGGAAUCGGACGAACACGAUACCAGUGCAGAGUAUGUUUCUUACUCCCAUGGUGUAUACAUGCGGAACGCACAUGCUCAAGAGAUACUGCUGAAGGAGACGAACAUCACGUGGCGUACUAUCGGUGGAAGCGUAGAUCUCUAUUUUUUCGAUGGUCCAAAUCAGGCCGAUGUAACAAAACAGUAUCAAGAAGUCAUAGGGCUUCCGGCUAUGCAUCAGUACUGGACACUUGGAUAUCACCAGUCAAAGUGGGGCUACGGUAGUUGGGCAAAACUACAGGAAGUUGUGAAUAAGAUGAAGGAGAAUAAUAUUCCUCUGGAGACAAUCUGGAGUGACAUCGACUACAUGCAAGAUUACCGCGACUUUACCCUAGACAAAGAUAAUUUCGACGCUGAGGGCGGUCAGGCGUUUCUUAAUGGAUUACAUCGCGGCGGCCAGCACUAUAUCCCGAUCAUCGACGCUGGUAUCUAUCAUCCAGAUCCGAAGAAUGCGUCAGACAUAUAUGGGACCUUUGACAGAGGCAAGGAGCUGGAUGUAUUCAUUAAGAACCCAGACGGCAGUGAUUUUGUAGGAAAAGUCUGGCCUGGGUAUACACUGUUUACGGACUUCAUGGCAACCAACGCACAAGAGUUUUGGACGAACGAGUUGGACUUGCUUCAUCAGGAGAUACCUUACGAUGGGAUAUGGAUUGAUAUGAAUGAGGCAGCGAGCGCUUGUAACAAUAGCUGCGGUACCGGCAUCGUCACGCCUGCGGCAGGUGCCCGGCAUGUAGAACGGCAUGAAGGCCAUGAGGAGAUUUCGAAGUCCAACGAUCGCAAUCUCGAACUUCCCCCUUAUGUCAUUAACAGUGCUGCUGGCGAAAUCACCGACAGCACCAUCUCACCAAACGCCACUCACGCCUCUGGCCAUCUAGAAUACGACAUUCACAAUCUCUACGGCCACUCCAUCUUACGGGCGACCUAUAAUGCUCUUAUGGAUAUCUUCCCUGGUAAACGGCCCUUCAUUAUAGGCCGCUCCACGUUUGCGGGUAGCGGAGCAUACGCAGGACAUUGGGGUGGUGACAACUGGGCUGAAUGGUACUAUCUGUACGCAAGUAUUCCGCAGGCACUCACCUUUAGUCUCUUUGGCAUUCCGAUGUUUGGUGUCGACAUUUGCGGCUUCGGUUACAAUACGACGGAAGAACUGUGUGCCAGAUGGAUGGAGCUCGGCGCGUUCAUGCCCUUUUUCAGGAACCACAAUACUAAGAAAGCGUUUGGUCAAGAGCCGUAUCUAUGGCCCUCUGUCGCAUCUGCCUCCCGCGCCGCCCUACAUACUCGUUAUACCCUCCUCCCCUACCUCUACACCCUCAUGCACUCCGCUUCGAGCACCGGCAGCAUUGUCCUCCGUGCUCUAUGCUGGGAAUUUCCCACCGACCCCUCCCUCGCAUCUGCAGAUCGCCAGUUCCUCCUCGGUCCAUCUCUACUCGUCACCCCCGUGCUCACAGAAGGCGCCAUCACCGUCAAUGGUGUAUUUCCCGGCAUCAGCGACGGCGUCCUGUGGUACGACUGGUACACAGGCGCAAGAAUGGACGCACAACCAGGCGAGAACAAGACCCUCGACGCCCCACUCGAGCACAUCCCCAUCCACGUUCGCGGCGGAAGCGUGCUGCCUCUCCAAGAGCCCGGCUACACAACCGCCGAGUCCCGCAAGAAUCCCUUCUCACUCCUGAUCGCACUCGACAAAACAGGCCACGCCGAAGGCUCGCUGUACCUCGACGACGGAGAAUCCAUCCUGCCCACUCCUAGCCUUGAGGUCGGGUUUAACGUCGGUAAUAUGGCGUUGUAUGUCCGUGCCGAGGGCGACUUUGCCGGGGACGCAAAUCCGAUUUCUAAUAUUACGAUCUAUGGCGUGGAGGAGUGGCAGGGCCGCGCGGUUAUCAUCGCAGGGGAUAAGGAGGGUGAUAUGGUUAGUGUUGCGGAGAAGACGUCAUUUGAGAGGGAGAUGGGGGUGCUGAGGGUUGGUGGGCUGGAGGGGUAUUCGCAGGAUGGCGCGUGGAGCGAGAGUUGGGUUUUUAUGUGGAAGUAA